AUGGAGGGAAAAUCCAUAAAAGUGUCUGCGCCUGGAAAGGUUAUAAUACAUGGGGAGCAUUCUGUAUUGUACGGGAAGACGGCUUUGGCGGUCGCCCUGGGGUUAAGGUCUACCGUUGCCAUCAAGGAACUCCCACCGACAGACGAUCCCAAAAUCCACGUCGAAUUCCCGAACGUCGGUUUGCACGAGAAGUUAUCUUUGAAGGCGGUCUUCGACUUGUUCUCAAUAACAUCGGGGGACAAUCCACAAGACUGGACGCGACCUGAAGAGUUGGACCACGACGUCCAUCUCAGAAAGGUCGACGAGGCGCUCCGUAAAGUCAGACCAGCCUUCGACGACCUGCCGAGUAACCAGAAGAGCUCGCUCCGAGGCUUCUUGUAUGCUUUCGGCGGCAUCUUCGCCAGCUCCUCGCGAAUCGCCGACCUCUCCGUAAGCGUCACGACGGAUCUCACCGUCGGGGCGGGCACUGGCAGCUCGGCAUCGUUCGCCGUUUGCCUCUGCGGCGCCAUGGUGCAGCUGGUCAAGCUCAAGAGUGCGGGAAGAGUGACGGACUUCAGCCCAGAAGAGAGGAGGAUCGUAUCAGCUUGGGCCUUCAACUGUGAGAAGAUCACGCACGGAGCGCCUUCCGGCAUAGACAACACGACGUGCACGUACGGCUCUCUGGUGUCAUUCAAAAAGGGGGAAGAACCGCUACUGUUGUCCAGUCCGGAGUUUCGGAUUUUGCUGGUCGACUCGCGAGUGGGAAGAGAGACUAGUAAGCUGGUCGCCUCCGUGGCGGCCCUCAGAAGCAGGAACAGGGCCGCUGUCGACCACAUAAUGGACGCUGUAGACCACGUGGCCGUAACCGCUGCCGCGCUCCUCGAGAAGUUGUCUCGCACAAAAUCCAGCACGGAUAUCGACGUGAUAUAUGAACAAUUGAACGAGCUGUGGGGGAUGAACCAUUGCCUCCUCGCCGCCCUGGGGGUGUCGCACCCCGCGCUGGAGGCGAUACGCUCGGCGGCUUCCGGGCGGGGGCUGGCCUGCAAGCUUACGGGCGCGGGGGGCGGUGGAAACGCAAUCGUGCUGAUACCGCCAUCCACGGAAGAGGCCAAGGUGGAAGAAUUGAAGGCUGAACUCCUCAACGGUGGUUUCCGGGUGACGGAUACGCUGGUGGGUGGUGCCGGUAUCCAGAACCACGAG